AAGUAGAACCAUAUCUGUGGAGCCACACAGCAGCUGAACCAUUUUAUUGCAGGAUUUAAAGAUGGGUCGCACUUUCCUCUGUGUGCUGGGCUUAUUGUGUCUCAGUUUCCUCCUCUGCUGUGGAAACAAUCCGGGAACAUGGGUUUCCCUGACUGUGUCUCCAUCAUGGCUGAGUCCUGGAGCCUCAGUUAAUCUGAGCUGUAAGGUUAAUCCUCCAUCUACAGGAUGGAGGUUCUACUGGUAUAAAGCUGUUCCUGAUCGAUCACAGAAGGACUACAGAUAUGAGCUGCUGGCUGACAGCAUCAAUGGGACUGUAGAGGACUCCUUCAUCAUUCAUGGACAGAGACACACAGCAGGAUAUGCAUGUAGAGCUGGAAGAGGAAACCAAGAGAAUUUUACUGAUUACAGUAAACCAAAGUUUGUCUGGUCUGCAGAUGCUCAUCCAGCUGUGUCUGUCUCAGUGAGUCCUGACAGAGAGCAACACUUCACCAAUGAGUCUGUAACAGUGAACUGUAGAGGAACCUUUACUCAUUCCAGAGUGUGGAGGGCUGACAAUGAUGGUCGCCGGUGGUUCAUUCAUGCCUGCCUGGACUGGGAGACAAUGAAUGGAUCCUGUAGCUUUGAACUAGAAAAACCAUAUGAAUCUAGUUUCCAGACAGAAGUGCUCUGGUGUGAGUCUGGAUCAGGAGAGUUCAGCAGCUCAGUCAACAUCACUGCAGUCGAUGGAGAUGUUCUCCUGGUGAGCCCCGUCCAUCCUGUGACUGAGGGAGCUUCUGUUACUCUGAGCUGCAGACUCAGAGGACAAAAUACACUUUCCAAUGUGUUUUUCUAUCACAAUGACAAACUGGUCCAAAAUGACAGCAGAGGGGAGCUGAAGAUCUCUGCAGUGUCUCAGUCAGACGAAGGCUUCUACAAGUGUGAACAUUCAGGAAAAGCUUCACCACAGAGCUGGAUGGCAGUAAAAGCAGCUGGAAGUUCUUCAUUUCAUGUGAUGUGGGUCAUUAGACCAGUGAUUGGAAUCGUUCUGAUAAUUCUGCCUCUGCUGGUGUGUCGGUUCAGACGCUCCAAAGGUAUCAGAACAGCACAGACUGUCAUCCAGGAUGACCAUCAGCAGCAAGUGUACUCCUCUCUCCUCCAUGGAGAUCUUGGUCUCUAUGAAACAAUCAGAGGGUCUGGAAACUCUGGAAAUGGUCAAGAACAACAGGAUGUGACUGCAGGGUCAGACUAA